AUGUGUCGUGCAAGGAGGUUCAUGCUUGCAACCCUCUACAUAAGUGCUUGCAUCAUGGCGGUGACGCCGAGCAGACAGUCGGGGGAGACGGUGAGAAGGAGGAAGGCAGCUAUCGAGAACAUACAGGAGGAGAAGUACGAGGAGGCAGUCAAACUGUACAAGACGAUGAUGGAGGAGGAGGAAGCGAAUGCCGACGACUACAACAACUGCGCUGUCUGCCUGCAAGAGCUCGACAACCUGGAUGAGUCUCUAGAGACCUACCGCGAAGGGAUCAGGCGAUUCUAUCACAAGUGA